GAGCGCGAGAAUCGAGGGGCAAGAUAAGAAAGAACAGCUAAGCUACUGCUGAGAGGGUGGAAGCACCGAAAAUCUCCUCAAAGACCCCCCUCCAACUUUUCAAAAUUUCAGAAACGCCCCUCCCUCCUCCGGCGGCGAUCGCCUGCUCUCUUCGAUGCUCUUUGAACUUCCACAUCCUCGGCCCCCGCCGGCGCCGACCGACGGUCUCUUUGACAGGAUCCUCUCGGAGCCGGUGCGACCCGCGAUCGGAGGGCUAGCGUUUCCUCUAGGGUUUGGUUUCCAGGCGGAGGACCGGAAGCCUGUAGCGGAGCCGAACAUGAAUGGACUUGGUGAUUCCAGUGCUCUAGCACAGCUAUUAGUGGAAAUUGAAGUUCAAGCAGCUGAGGAAGAUACCAAAAAAGAUCAAUGGUUGUGCAACAAGUGGUUUAAUGAUGGAACUCGAGAGCAAGCAGCGAAUCUCAUAGAGGAAAACUUUGAUGAUACAGUGCAGUUUCUUCACUCUGAAGCUCGGUGUAUUGUACCAUUCUCCCUCAUUACUACCAUUUACCUUUCCCAGCACCAUCAACCAAAACCACCAGAUGCUGAUACUCCUUCAUAGGCUAUAAACGCCACCUGCACGUGCCCAUCAACUACUCCUAUGCUAUAUAUAUAUAUAUAUCAAAGUUUCUUCAGUAUUAUUUUUUUGUUUGCUUUUCUAUAAGUUUCUUUUUCUUUUGUUGUAGGUGGUAAGUGCAUCAGAUUCUCAUACCCCACAAGAUGUUUUCAUAUUUGUGUGCGUUUUGAGUGAGGGAGUUGGUUUCUUUGUGGUUAAUGCUAGUAUUGUUAUUGUCUUGUUGGGAACUCUCUUUCUUUUGUGGCAGGACCAGUGGAAAAAGUUGUUGAACAGGUUUUAUAUGUACAUAUUGAUACUUUGAUUUGAAUUAAUGAAUGAAUGAUGUUGAUUGUUCUUGGAA